UAAAUCGAGAGAGGAUCAUCUUCGGUUCUGACUAUGGAGGGAGGGGAGAAAACGCGCCAGCUCCACACAAUUUCUGCGUGCGCGAGUAUGCCCCUCUUUGGAAAACAGGGCUCCUGAACGCUGAACUCUUCGUUGCUGAACGCUUGAACAUUUCGGUUCAUCUCUGUGGCUUUAAAGGUGGAUUUCCCCGUUCGCGCGGACGCCAUAUUGUCUGUCUGAUAACCACAAAUAAAGUUGUAAUUAGUACGCAGGCCUAACACCUGGGGGUCCGCUUGAUGCAUUUUGUGUACGAAUGUGCCGCGUUCCGGUGUAAUCUGUCAUAACAUUGCUAGCCAUUUUGAAUUGAACACAUGCCCGAGCAUCGUACUUACGUUGAAAAAAAUGAAGAAUCAAGUUUUACUCUAAUGAUUAACCGUGACCUCACAGAUCUACAACGCGUCAAUGCAUAAUCGCAAAUAUCAUAGCCGAGGAUAUGUAUGCUCAUUUUAAUAUUUAAUGACGUAAUGCGGAGAGCACGUGCACUUUUAAACCAGUUCUAAGCACAUUCGAGUGUACAUAUGUACUAGUAAAUAAUUUUUAUGCGCUGCGCAGACAUUACUAGAAUUACUGCCUUAAUGUAAAACCCAAGCUAACCUCACCCGAAACAGAGAUCGAGUAAGCGCGAUUCGUCCUAAUAAACAAACCAUCUCUGAUAUUUGUUUAUGCUUGCCGGACCUGUUAAUAACAAUGCUUAUUGGAAAUGAGCAAUCCAUUGCAAGAUGAUUUCAUAGCAUUCGGUUCUACUGCAGAUAACAACUCUACGAUCAUCGAUGAAACAUUAGCAGAAGAAUUUGAUCAACAAACUCAACCGCCUGGCUUCAAGAAUCCACCAUCUCCUAACAUAUUAUCUUGUGAAAUCUGCGGUGCACAGUGUUCAACCAAAAAAGAGCUCAGCCUUCACAUUCUGACUCACGUUGGUCAACCACGUGUGCUAUUGAACAGAAUACCAAAUUUGAAACCGAUAAAAAAAAAACAGAUCCCAACUACAUAUCGUCUUGAACCUGAAAAAAGAGGAUCAUUGAAAUUGACACUCAAGAAACAGAACUCCACAGAUUCAUUAAAAUUAACACUCAAAAAAUCGUCGAUAUCUGAAGACUUCACAGUGGUAAACAGCAACUUGGAUACUGACAUUUAUCACAGAAUCGAAGUGGCAGGUGCUAGAACAAAUGAUUCCAAGGAUACUGAGAUCACAGAUAAAGAUGUCGAUCGGUCUUUUGAGAAUGUGACAACCCAGGAUGAGGACUAUGAGAACAAUGAUUAUGAAAGUGAGGAAUGCAAUGAUAGUAUACAAGAGAAGAGUACACUCUCAUCCAUGGAUAUCAAUGAAGGUGAUUCAGGUGUAGGAAGUGAUACAGUCAAUGCAGUGGAAAGAGAAGAUCAGACUUUUGAGGACCACUCCCUUGUUGAUGAGUCGCAUAAUUCUGAGAAAAUUCUACCAGAAAUAGAAGAUCAUGAAGACUCAGAUGCAAUAGAGGCCACUUGUAGGGAGGCAAUUGAAAACCUGAAGAAACUUGGCGAAGAUACAAGAUCUGUUGACCCGUUGACUGAGACUGUUCUACCGCUUGAAGAGGAUGUCGACGAAACAUCUGCGAUGAUUCAACAGCUCACAGAGAGCGCAGCGAUCAGCUUGAUUCCAAAGUCUUCUGCCUGUUCUAGCGAAGCCUCUAAGCAGGCUGCUUCGUCCGAUUCUCAAAGCGAAUCUAGUCAGUCACCAAAAACGAAUGCUGACUUUAAUUGGCACCAACUAUCGAGUGGCUUACCUAAUAACAGUGAGGAUAACGAAGAUAAACACGAAGAGGACGCUGUGGAUCAAUCCGAUCCGAACGCUGGUUCAUUAUUGCAAAAUUUCUUGAUUGAACAUCACAGACGGAAUGAAAAUGAGAAUUCUUUAUCAAGUAGCCUACCACCUGAAGAAACGGAGUAUGUUUCACUUGAGAGACUAGCUGAAACAGUCCGCACUUGUCGCGUCUGCAAUGAGAAAUUUUCGGAUAUUGCCCAACUGGAUAAACAUAGAGCUCAGGUCGGACAUUUUCAAUGUAACAUACCAAGUUGUGUGAACUUGAUUUUCCAUUCACCCACGGAAGUUGCAGCUCACAAAGCUCAAGCACAUGGCAAUCCUCUAUCUCCGAGUUUGAACCGACUUUCACCCCAUAUAAACACGAAUUCACCCCAUGGAGGACACAUAGGAUCCUCGCAAUCUUCAAACUCUCCACAAUUGAGCAGAACAUCGCCACUGAGAUCCCCGCUUCAAUCGAAUACUCCGCCUGGAUUUAUUUCUAGUAGCAAAGGGCAUCGACUCAGUCCACCUGUCAAUUUUGAUCAACUACCUGCACCUGUCCAACAACUUGCUCAGCAAGUACAGCGCAUGCCAUUGCCUCAGCCUCAGCUCCCUCCUUCGUUGCCUCCUGGUGCCAAUACCUUAAUUCCACCUCCAAAUUAUUUCGUAUCGCGCGGAGGAAGACCACCCUUGUUCAAUAUCGCCGGACCUCAGCCGAUGCAUUAUCCACCCCAUUUAUCUCAGUUAUAUCCGCCAUACGGAAACGCAGCUUAUCAACAAAUGCCCAAUGCUCCGCCGCUCAUGUCACAGAUGGCCCAUCAAAUGCCGCGAGGCAGAAUGGCUGCCCCUAAUCCCAGAGCACCAAAAAUGCUUGGCUCUGCACCAAGACAACGACUGAAGCGACCAGCGCCACAAUUGAUGCCAUCACAGAUGCACCAUCAGCAACAACAACAGCUACAACAACAGCAACAACAGCAGCAGCAACAACAACAACAGCAACAUCAACAACAGCAACAUCAACAACAACAACAUACUGCCUCUAAGCAGAGACGAAUGGAUGUGUUGGUACCUGAUAGAAAUGAAGAUGCCGAUUGUCAUAUUAUUGCCCAGCAAAAAAGAAACAACGGAUUGCCUGUCAUACAAAAUGUACAAGGAGCAGUUGCUCAACAACCUACAAGGAAUGAUUCCACGAUACAUCUAACAGACUCCAUCACAUUGAGCGUUCGGCAACCAGGUUCCGCUCCAGCACAAACCCAGAAUGUUUCAACUCCUGCUGGUAAAAAAUCUGACGCAAAGGCCGUUGCAAAUGUAUUGGCUGCUCGAGGAAUCACUGUGACGCCAGCUGCGAGUAAAAAUAAGGCUGCUGAGCAGGCCAAACAACCUCAACAGCAACAAGCGAAGGCAGCAGCCCCACCGGCUCAACCACCAAACGUAACAUCCCUGAAUCUGAGUUCCGCCGUAUCCAUAAUUCCUGCAAGCUCUCAGAAAAAACAACAAGAACAACAGGGCCAAUUUGCCGUACCGCAUACCAGAACAAUCAAGCAAUCGACUAGCGAUGUCGAUCGACCACCCAGACCUCCUACGGUCGAUCUUACCCAAGACACUCCGCAGCCUGGAGCUCGAAUUCGAAGAGGCAGACCAUCAAAGGCCAUGCUAACUUGUCAAGUAUGUGAUAAGGUCUUCCAAAAUCAAGAAAUUCUGUCGCAGCACAUGGCCUCGCAUCGUACGCCUAGUAAAUUACUUCAUAAAUGCCACCUCUGCCCAGCUCAGUAUCCAACGGCGAAUGCUUUAGCACAACAUAAAAAAGUAUAUCAUCACGAAACAGAUGGAACGUUGCAGAAUGGUGGCGCCGAAUUAGCUCUUCCAGUGGUCGAUUUGAAGUCACAUCAAGUCUUGAAUCGCCUUUCUAGCCUCGGUAUCCAAAGUUUUAUUCCUCUUUCACAACUUAGUGCUCAGACCGGUGGUUAUUUUGGAUUACCUAUAAUAACGAUAGACGGUGCACGUAAUUCCAGCUCGUGCAAUUUGGCCGCUCUUGGCGCAACUUCUAUUUUAAGUUUGGGACCCCUAAAACAUUUGCCUCCAAGGUAACCAUUUACCAAUUCAUAGCUCGAAUCAGAUAUCAGUAUGCUACAAGAAAAAUAUAAGGUUGUUGCCUACCAAAUUCAUGGGACAAAAGUUAUACACCAAAAUAGAAAAAUAGACCCUUGGAGCAGAUCACGAGAUGAAUCCGUGGACGAAAAACUAAGGUAUAAAAUAACGUUCUGAAACUAAAGUGAGUGAACACAUAAAUCAAAUUUUAUCACUUUCAAGUCUCAGAUGUGUAAAUAAUCGAGCCUACAAAUGUGGCUUGCUGUAAAUAUUAGAUUGAUAUUAGUCUGUUCGAAUUCUUAAAUGUAGAUGAACUAUUAGAGCUGUCAGAUUUCAAUUCGAAAUCAAAUCAUUAUUAAUUUUUAGACAAUGUAAAAAGUAAGGCAAAGUAAUAUGAACAUUCGAAUUUUUUGUUCUUAUCUUUUCCCAUCGUUUUCUUAGAUUACAGUAUUCUCGUGUUCUCGAGUUGAUUGACGACAAAAACCUGUUUUUUUUUCCGACCCAAGAUUUUAGUCAAUUUCUUAUUAUUUGUAUAUUUUUUUUAGGAAGAUAAUGUGCAUCUCCUCCAUCACAAUUUACCACAAUCUGAUCGUUGAAUUAUUGACCACGUGACGUUAAUGAUCAUUCGCUAUGUGCGCUAUCAUUCACAACUUCUUAAUUUAUUUUCAUUUGCUCUCAUGUAGUUUUAACUUCAUUCAACCAUUGACGCAAGCCAGUUAUUUCCUUACACACUCAUCCUAUACGAUGCAGCUAUACACCGCUAUACAUAUGUUACAGUUGUAUACGUGAAAAGCCAGAAUUGGCUUAAGAAACUUGUAAAUAGAUGUAUUAUAUUUGGUGGUAAGUCCAUUCUUAUUACAGCAAUUCAUGGAGUCCGUGAAUGUGAACGUACUGAGUAUCGGCCCCAAGUAUCGAUGGGGUCUAAAAACUCGAAAUAAUUUGAUCAUCAAAAUCUUUAACUGAUUUCAUGUUCCUGCUGUGACAUUAUCGACGUUUAACUGCAAACAUAGAAAACUAUAUAUUUGUAUUUUUAUAAAGUAUUUCAAGUUUAACAUUUGUUAUCAAAUAUAUUAAAGUUUUGAAUAAAAUAAAAUUAUAUAAAAAUCCA